AUGUCGGAACUUUACCCAUCGAUAGGACAAUGUGCGGUUGUAGCCACCGCGUUCAAAGUGCUACUGUUUCCAGCAUAUAAAUCCACCGACUUCGAGGUCCACAGGAAUUGGCUUGCGAUCACCAACACUCUUCCAAUCCAGGAAUGGUACUUCGAAAAGACGUCCGAAUGGACGCUCGAUUAUCCUCCUUUCUUCGCCGCAUUCGAAUGGAUUCUUUCCCAAUUCGCGAACCUGGUAGACCCAGAAAUGGUAAAGGUGUUCAACCUCGAAUACGAUAGCUGGCAGACAAUAUAUUUCCAACGUACAAGUGUCAUAAUUACCGAGCUGGUGCUGGUAUAUGCGCUUCACCUCUUCGUCAAGUCUGCCCCGCCAAACCAAAAGCGCCCCGCUCAAGUUGCGGCCCUUUCUCUUUUACUUUCACCUGGAUUGCUCAUUAUCGACCACAUCCAUUUCCAAUACAAUGGUUUCAUGUAUGGUCUCCUCAUACUGUCCUUGGUACUGGCGAGGAAGAAGUCAACCACCCUAGCGAGUGGCCUUGUUUUCGCUAUUCUUCUCUGUUUGAAGCAUAUUUACCUCUACCUUGCACCGGCAUAUUUCACUUGGUUUAGCGGUAAACCAGGACGCCGUAAAUAG